AUGAAACCAUUACUGAAGAAAAUAAACGACGCUGCGUUGAAAACAAAAAAUAUGAAUCUAUUCAACGUGGGGCAGACUCUUCAGAAAGUGAUGAAGGAAUUCUUUCUAUACAUGAAAAGUCAAAGAAAGGACUUGACCAAUUGUUCUUACAAUACUUUCGGGGAGUGGUAUUUAAACGAAGGAUUAUCCACGACGUAUGGGAGGCUCCAAUCGAUGCGUUGGGAGAACGAUUUAGAGACGCAAUUAUUCGACCAUUACAGCUCAGCAUUAAUGGAGCUCGAAGAACGUCAAGAACAGAUGGACGAUGCGGUGGAGGAGAAUAUUCAAUACCGGGAAUCUUUGUCAUCGCAGAAUAUGAAAAGCACUUGCAUGUCAUCCACGAUUGUGCAUACUCCGGAUCAACAUGCCGGUGCCUCCACAUCCAAAGGAUUAGGGACUUCAUUACAGAUGCAGACACCGCAGAAGAAAUUGAAAGAUGGGCCAAUAGUAAACAGUGACGUUCCAGAAGGAGAAGUCUCACUUUUCAAAGCGGAAAAUGGUAGAUCUGUCCGAAGAGGAGGAAAUGGAGUAUGUAGUGGGAGAUUUAUUCCGGAAAGCACAAAAGACAGUGGAGGAAGAGAGCGAACCGGAAGUGGAAUUAAGAGUCCCAUCAUCCAAGAAGAAAAGGAGAGGUUUAUCAAUGGAAUCAGAAGAGAGCAUGGACGAAACUCCGAACGACGAAGACUUUUCCUCUAUGGUCGCCAAUCAUGCCCGAGCUCACUCAUUAGUAAUAAAGGAAGACGACGGACAUAUCAAUAUAUUGUCGCCGGGAGAUCGUGGAUCGAUGGUUAUAAAACUAGAGCUUUACCCUUUCAAAGAGUGUGUAAAACUCAACAAAAAUCAAUAUUGGACGAAGCGAAUAUAUUCGUGUCUAGGAGUGACCUCUGGAGAGGAUUUGCGUGCAUAUAA